GUGCUGUAUGGUGUAUGACUAUGGAGGAGCCCGAAGAGCGAAGAUUCGAGGAUUAUACGAAUGCUUCUGAAUGGGAGAACUUUACGUCGAGGCUAGAAGAAGCGAUUUGUUCAUGGAGAUUGCAUAGAGAUGAGAGAGUGAUGUCAAGGCAGAACUCUCAGCAACCUGGUGCACGUGGCAACGAAAGAAUAUCAGUUGGUCCUUUUGACUUCCUUGUAACACUACAUCGGGGUUCAUCAGAAUCCAAAGAGACUAGUCACGUCUUUGAACAGAUAUCUAGCUUGAGUAACGACUUUCCACCCAGAGCACACUGCAUUCAACGUUGGUUUGGUGUAAACCAUUUUAUUGUCAUAAUGCCGUUUAAGUCAGACUCUGGUAUGAACAAUGCCGAAUCAAAACUUGUGUUGAGCUCGGCAUGUGUAGCUCUGAACAACACAGAAUGUUCUAUACCUAUAUUUGUCAAAAUACAGCAGCCUUGGAGGAGGAUGUUUACGGGAGUGUGUGUGAUAGAAGGAAAGCAGAUUUGGUUUGACACGGUUCACCUUCGUUACUCUCCACCACAGUUCUCUCAUCUGACGGGUCUGAUUGAGGUGUUCAAGUCGAAACUGGGUCAUGCGUUAGCCAAAGUACCUGUGAUAGUGUCAGUGCAUUUUACAUACGUGUUGAGAGAUUUUGAUCUCUUUCACUGGCCACAAUUUCCUCCAGAUUUUGAAAGACAAGAUGAUAAGGGUAUUAUUGCUGAAGUCUCACAGUUUCCAUUCGGUUCUACUUCAGAUCCUAUCAUGGAAAUUCAUUUAUCUACAACGUGGCCAUCCCUGACUGAAGAUGUUGUGGUUGAUAAUGAAGUUUACUCAGACCUAGACCCAAUAGAGGCUCCUCAUUGGACCCUAAGAGCUCGAUUUACAGAAGAAACACGCUGUCUCAUGGAUGAGUGUUUGAGUAGCUUUUUGAAAUUAGGGAACUACCAGCAAGGUAUAGAGGAAAUAAUUGGACAGAUACCAACCACUGCUUCAGAAGAAGACUAUCGGUCGUACAUUACUGGUGCACUAAAUCGUCUCACUCAGUUACCGAUUCCUUCAGCUUGGUCGGGGGUUGUUCAUGCUACAAACAUGGCAGCAUUCUCGGAUGCUGAAUCUCCGUUCCCAGCAGGAGUUAUGGAUAUCAUUACGAAGUAUGUGUUUCCUGAUGCUGAUGAGGAAUGCACGUCUAAUCUUCACUUGAUGCAAUGUGAAGAGGAUUUUGUUCCACAUUAUAAGACAGCUCCAAUUGGUAGUUUGACACAUCGGCUGUCUGUAGCUCUGUGUUUGGUGAAUUUGCAUUAUGGUGGUAUUAGGGCCGUUGCUUUUCUUUGGCGAGAGAUUGUGUUGGAACUGCGGUAUCGGUGGGAGAAUAGUUAUUUGCUACCAAGUUUAGCAAAUGAACCUCCAAAUUCUCACUAUUGUCUUUUGCACCAAAAAAUGCAGAUGCUAAACCACUGUAUCAGGCAAAAGCAAAAACAAGAAGCUUGCCAUAGUUCACAGGGCAAGAGCGAUAAUAUAGUCAUUGCUGAAAAGGAGCCACUUAAAGAAGAAGAUGAUGUUAAGCAUGAUGAUAAGGCUGUUGAUAACAAGGAAGAUGAUGAUAAUGAUGAUGAUGCUGAAAGCAGUGGCACUGAUGAGUUUUUUGAAGCUAUGGAAAAUCCCGAUCAGCCAUUGUUGCAGUCAGAGGGCAAUCAGUUAGUAGACGAAUGUGAUACUGGUGAAGAAGAAGCAAAAGAUGAAAAAGAAGUGGAGGAAGAAGGAGGAGGAGGUGAAGAAGAAGAAGAAGAACAGAAACAACAGCAACAACAACAACAACAACAACCACAACAGCAACAACAACAAACAGGAGAAGAACAAAAAGAAGAAGGAGCAUUGAGGCAACUUGGAAAUGAAAUUCUCAUCAAAAAUGGUCGACCAUUGUAUAUUCCACAAACGCAGGAACCACUUGUCAUGACAGAGGAUAUGGUGGUUGAGCUGUCACAGAAACUGUCAGAACUUGGAACAUCAGAAGAAGCUGCAAAACAGAGAGCUCGUAUGCAGAGUGCACAGCUUUUGUCAGACAUGCAAGCUUUUAAGGCAGCAAAUCCUGGUUGUAUUUUGGCUGAUUUUGUGCGUUGGUAUUCUCCAAGAGAUUGGAUUCCUGCUGACUCUGACCAUGACGAGAUCAAUGAUUUGAUUGUACAAAGUGAUGUAGACAAAUCAGCUCAACCAGAGAAUGAUUGGGAUAUAGUAGAUGAGGAUACUCAACAAGGGACCAUUGAGAAGUCUUCAGAAGAGCCUGACGGUCAAGCUCUAUGUGUUCAAGGUCGUCUAAGUGUACGUAUGGAACAACCAGGAAACUUUUGGAAAGAAAUGUGGGACGACGUUGUUCCACUUUCUGUUAGAAGACAGAAACGGCUAUUUGAUGACACAGUGGAGGCAGAAAAGGUUCUUCAGAUGUUCGCAAGUUUUUCAGUGUGUGAUCUUGUUUUCCAUGUUUUCCCUGUGAUUCUGCAUAAUGCGGUGAAUAAACUGGAAGAACAGCAAGGUGUUAAACAAGUGAGUUUGGUUCAAAACAACAUCACACGUAGCAGUUCCCUUCUUGCCAAGAUUGGACAGUCAAGUGUGCAACAACAGCAAGAAUUCAAAGAAAUUGUAAAGCAGAUUUCACACACUGAAUUGCUAGUUGCUCGUGCUCAGUCUUUGCUGGAGAAGUUACAUGAAGGGUUGACAUCGUACUGGAAAAAGAGAGGCAAACAGGAUGAUUCACCUUGUAAAGAAAAGAUGGAACAGCUUGUCAAUUGCUUGCUUACUGAACCUCAGACAGUCCUGCGUGGUGCAGCUCGUGGAUAUGGGGGUCGGGCGGUCCUUGGUAUUGUUGAGAAAAGCAGUAGAUCAAGAGUCAAACCUGGUGAUAAGGAAGGUGAUCAGCAUGAGGACUCCAAGGUGGUGUUUCCUGCCUCAGUAGGUCGAGAGUUCAUCUUGAGAGUGAAAGCACCGAGACCAUCUUCUCACCUCGAGUCUGUACCUCAGCGUAUGUACUGUGUCCUUGCUCCUGAUGAAUUUCGACUAGCAGCAGCAUUUACAAGUCAUAUAGCAUUUCAUUGAACACCAACGUGUGUGUGUGUGAGGAUACUGAUCAUAUGGGUUUCUAUCAAACAUAGUCGAGACAGUGAAAUCUCAUGUUGAGAAUUAUCUAGACCAGCUACAAUAUACAAUGAUUGUCUAGCCUGUCCGAGUAAAUUGCAAUCAUUUCACUACGAAA